AACUGCUUUUAGGAGGAUUCGAUGGAUGGUAUUUUUGACUCCAGGUCUCCGCCAUUUGCUGAGUCCACUGAGUUUGGUCUUUUAGGGCUUGCCCCCCUCCCACCGUCGAGUCUGGUCAUUAGAGGUCUUAUCCCCUGGCUAACUUGGCACCGGGAGCUGAGGCAGCCUCUCGGUCCUCUGGUGACCCAGUCUUUACGGUUGACACUUUUGUUUCAAGGUUCAUGGUGACAGAUCUGCACUCCUUCAGGUCGGAGUUCAUGAUCCCCUGCUCAGUGGGACUUCACCUCCUCCGAGCUGAGGAAGUCCCUAGCCAACCUCACAAGGGGGAGUUCGCCCUGUAUUUUGCAAUUUUUUUCAUGUAGUCUCCGUUUGCCUCUCCACCCUAUAGUGACAGAGGUCCUUUGUCACUUUCGAGUCACCCCAAGUCAGCCAAACACCAAUGUUUGGCGAGCCAUCUUCGACUGCUGUGUUUUCCAGUGGCUGGUCGAAAAUUCCAAGCUCACAGUGAAUGAGCUCAUUCACAUGUACCAUUCCAAGAGCAAUCCUGGCUCACAUGGCUAGUACUAUUUUCCUUGUUGGCCAAGCAAGGGCCAAGCCAUCAUAACUAGUAACCCGUCUUCAAACAAGGGUCGGAAAGACAAGUGGUUCUUCGUGUCUGGAGCAUGGGGGGAAUCAUUGACAGAGCUGGAGGGUUUACGGUGUCAGGUCCCAACCUCUUUCACCUUGCUAGGUCGGAACACACCCGAAGCAUUGCAUUUAUACUUUGCUUAUUCUUUCUAUUGGUGCUGAUGUCAUGUUCUUUUCUGCAACUUUUCCCAGAUCACAGCCUAGCCUCUUCGUCUGUCAUUAGUAUCAGAUCAGGAUUGCCUAGGAGCGACCUGUUGACCAGAGGGACUGCAAAAGAGAUGUCUGGUCGCCCUCAACUGAGGAAGAUGAAGAUGCCGAUUGAGGCCGAGAUGGAGAGGUUAAAGGCUGUCUCAACGAAGACAUCACUGGCUUCUGCGACUCUUCCUUCUCUUCCCAGUGCCCCUUCGGGCAAGGCUGUAGCCCCCGCAACUGAUCGACUAAUGGCUGAGGCUGCCAUUGCUACCAUCCCCCCGGCCAACUGGGUGUAGGCCAAGGAUGUUGCUGCCCCUUCAAAUGGGUCUAACAUUGGCUGGCAAUGACGCUAUUGUUGUCCCUUCUCACGCCUGACCGAGAGAGGUGGCGGAUCUUGAUAUGUCAUCCCUGCGGGCUGAGCAUGCCUGUCAUGCCCCAAAUUCGGGAACAGACAGCAUUUGUAGCACCCCAAAUUCGACACCCGGCUCCCAUACACCGAGUCCCGAGUUCGGCGCACCACAACAAAGAUUUUUUUAUUGAUUUUUUUUUAUAGUGGAAUUCUUUUCCUAUGACUUGGGAUUUCCUAGAUUUGAAACCCUAUGGACUUGGGAAUCCCUAAAUUUGGGAUCCCUUGAAUUUGGUGUUCUCUUAGACUUGUGAUUCCUGAAUUUCUGGAAUCCCUGGUUAUGUUUGACACCCUAGAUUUAAAACCCCUAUAAUUCCAAGUUAAAUGCAAGAUAUAUUUAUAGGGUUUGAAAUUAA